AUGGGGACAGCAGGUAUGGGGACAUGGGAUGGGGACAGCAGGGACACAGGGCAUAGGGACACUAGGGAUGGGGACAGUGGAUAUGGGGACACCAGGUAUAGGGGACACCACCUAGGAGUAGUGGUGGCCCUGGGGACCCCGCACAAGCUGUCCCAGGACCCUGGGGGGGCCCCGGGGCCACCUUGUGCUCCUCACCCCCUCCCACCCCACCAGGCAGCACCCCGUGGCGUCCCCGUCCUCGGCCACGUCCCCGUCCUCGCUGCCACCCGCCACCUCCACACCACCUCCGCCUGCCUCAAGACGCGGGCGGCGCGGGUGCGCGUGGGGAAAGGGGACAAGCCGGUCACCUACGAGAAGGCGCACCCACCCCACCACAUCGCCCACCGCAAGGGCUGGCUGUCCCUGCACACCGGAAACCUGGACGGGGAACUGGGGGCGGCGGAGAGGACGGUGGAGGACGUCUUCUUGCGCAAAUUCUUCCACGGCACCUUCCCCGGGUGCUUGGCCGACGAGGUGGUGCUGAAGCGGCGCGCCAACGCCCUGGUGGGCUGCCUGCUGCUGCUGCCCCACCUGGCCCCCGCCAAGCUCUGCUUCCUGGUGGGCUACGCCGAGACCCUCCUCUCGCACCUCUACAAGUGCCCCGUCCGCCUCGAGGUGCAGACGGUGCCCGCCAAGGUGGUCUACAAGUGGCUGUAGGGCCCCCCGCUGGUGGGCUCGGGGGCGGUGAGGGGGAAUAAAACGAGGCGUCGUGC